AAAAGCGCGUCGAUGGCGUGCAAGGAGCUGCGCUCUCACGCAAUGGUCCAACUUUGAAGCUGUGCCGCUGGGCCUGGGAGCAGUCGAUGGCGUGCAAGCGAGACGACGCGAUUGCAGCAGUGCGAUGCGCUAUCAACUGCACGCUCUGCGCACGAUCUGCGCGCGGCAAACGCUGAGGCGCGGCGCGCUAAAUCUAGCGUCGAAAGACAUACUAGAAAAAAGUGAAGAUUUGAUCAAAAACGGCCUGGAGGCAACCAAAAAGCCGCCCGUUCAAGUCCAAGUUGGUUUAAAUAUAUCCCUUCGCUACAAUUCAAGCGCGUGACAGUUUCCCGUGCUUUGGUGGACGAUCUACAGACUUUGCCGCCUGCCCAGGAGGCUGCUGUUACGCGGACCGCGCAGUGAGGAAGGAACGAACGCUGGAACGAACGCCAGACAUUAGACCAUGUUCGUCCAAAAAAAGCGCGGCCCGAGCGAGGACGACGAGCAGGACGACGCGAACGAGCUCGCGUGGCUCCGCGCGCGGAGCCGGCCCUUCAGCCAGCCGUACGGCCUCGGCGCGAACGGCCUCGCGGGCCUCUUCCUGGGAGGCAUUGGGGGCGCCCACGCCGUCCUGCUCGUCCAGAGCCUCGCGGCGCCGCGGCGGAACGUGGCCCUCGUGCGCUGGUGCCUCUACGCGUGCGCCAUGUGCGGCUUCCACGCGUCCGAGUUCUUGGGCGCGGCGGCCUGGCGCUGGCGCGACGUGAGCUUCGACAGCUGGCUCCUGAACCACUCCGUCGCCUACGGCCUGGCCUUCUUCGCGGCGGUCCUCGAGUUCGCGCUCGAGUACCGGCUCCCGCUCAAGCAGAGCGCGGCGACGCUCCGGCUCGGCGUCGUCCUCGUCGCGGGCGGCCAGGCCGUGCGCCUGGCCGCGCUCGCGACGUGCGGCGAGCACUUCGCGCACCGCGUCGCGACGCAAAAGCCCCAGCACCACCGGCUCGUGACGACGGGCGUCUACUCGGUGCUCCGGCACCCGUCGUACUGCGGCUGGUUCUGGUGGUCCCUGGGCACGCAGGUGCUCCUGGCGAACCCCGUCUGCCUAUUUCUCUACGCGCUCCUCUCGUGGCGCUUCUUCCGGGACCGGAUCCCCUUCGAGGAGGCGACGCUUGGGGCCUUCUACCCGCGCGAGUACCCCAGCUAUCGCGCGCGGACGCACGUCGGCAUCCCGUUCAUCUCGUAA